AAACUUGACUUCAUAAUUGAUAUAUUCAUUGAAACUCUCUUGCUCAUCGCUGCCCCUGAUCGAAAGUUCCGACAUGGGUUCAAUCCAAAACACAGUUCACUACUGUUGUGUCUCAAGAGACAAUCAGAUUCUGUACUCUUACAACAAUGCCGGAGACCCCCGCAACAACGAGAGUCUUGCAGCGUUAUGCUUGGAAAAGACUCCACCUUUUCACAAGUGGUACUUCGAAACGAUAAGCAAGAGGACUUUUGGAUUCUUGAUGGAAGAUGGGUUCGUUUAUUUCGCCAUUGUUGAUGAUGUUGUCAAGAGAUCUAGCGUUCUUGAUUUUCUGGAGAAACUGAGAGAUGAGUUAAAGAAAGCUAAUAAGAAGAAUUCAAGAGGAAGUUUCUCUGGGAGUAUCAGUUUUAGCAAUGUUCAAGACCAAAUUGUUCGAAGACUCAUAGCUUCACUUGAGACUGAUCUCACUUGUCUUCCAUUAUCAUCACCUUCCAUUGAUGGUGCUGAUUCCACGAACGCUCCACUUUUAGGCAGAUUCAACAAGCAGGAUAAGAAGAAAGGGAGAGAUCAUGUGCACUCUCUGAGAGGCAUUGAGUUAGAGGAACACCGGAAAUCGAAUGAUAGAGGAAACGUUACAGAAUGUUCUAAUGCAUCAUCUGCAGCAGCAACGUAUGUUUCAAGAAGGGGACGAUCUGGUGGCUCUCAGAGUAUUGAGAGGAAGUGGCGGCGUCAAGUGCAGAUUGUUCUUGCCAUUGAUGCAGCUAUUUGCUUAACGCUACUUGGUGUUUGGUUGGCUAUUUGUCAUGGCAUUGAGUGUACACGUUCUUGAUUAACAUGGCCUCAAGUUCUACUCUCACUUAAUUUAUCUAUUUAUUCUUACAUAUGCUUUUUUUUCUCUUCUCCAAUUCUGUUGCAGAGACUGCAGCAUUGUUGAUUGUAUAUUAGGUAUAGGUCUCAGGUUCUUACCUUAAUUUGUGUAUAAUAUGAUGAUUGUGUUCUUAUGUAUAAUAUUAGGAUUCAUAUAGUAGGAGAGAUUGUCAUAACUCAUACAAGAGGAUUAUAUCAGAUCAAAGUAAAAUAUUGCAAUCACA